AUUUUACUAUAGGAGAUCAAGAGAUUCUCCAUAUGGAUUAUGUUCACCUCAUAGAAAAAGGAAAUGGAAAACCUCGAGAAGAAAUUCAUGUGCAAAAUGAUAGUUUUGGGAAGAUAUUAAACUUUUCCGCCGAAUUUCCUUUUAGUUGGCUUGUCAUCCAGCAUGUAGAAGAAAUGAAAAAUGUAAUUCUUCAAGAAAAAGUAGCAAUUCAACAGAAUGAAGAAAAUAUUUUGCAAAAAACAUUUUCUCUGUCUAAGUUGGGAGUUGUUCUUAACCAGUAUAUAAGCAGAGAUGCAGAGGGUUUCUUUAACCGAUAUCUUCAUGACUUUAUUCAUAUUCAUUACAAGGUUAACUCAUAUGAUGAGAUUGUGAUACUGUCUGAAGGUUUCAAGUCUGCAGUGUUUGAAAACAUUAAUGAUCCCAAAAGAAAAGAAUCAAGUAUAAAAGUUGUAGACAAUGAAUUUAAACUAUGUUGGCUAUACAUACAUCUAGUCAAUGACUUGGUUUAUGAACGACUACAGAAUGUUCUCUACCUCACAACUACCUUUCCUGAUAUUUCUCCUUUUUUAAAAGAUUAUGUACAAAAUAGAUCUGUCUUGGAAGAAAUGGUUUUAGAUGCCUUGUCUUUACAAGUGUGUUGUGAGCUGCUAAAUGACCAUUUUGAAAAGAAUCUUCUUUCUGAACAACAUGGAGAAUGGUUUAAAGAAAUACAGAAAGUGAAACCAGUUGUAGAACAGAUUUUGUCAACCAAAGACAAGUAUGGUAGAAGAAGAGACAAAAUUUUAGAUGACUGCAGACCACUUUGGCAGAAAAUUUCUUUGGUGGGACUUUUUAUUGAGAAUGUAUACCUAACAGCUACAGAAAGUAAAGAGAAGAAAGAAAUUGGCAAGAAACUUAAGCUCUUCUGGAAGGGCUUUCGGGAAAACAUCAAUAUGAAAAGUGCUGAAUCCUUUAAAGUUCUAAGAAUGAUACUACAAAAUCUUAAUGUAAAUGUUGCAAAAAUUCAUCUAAGUGGAGGAGUAGACCAGUGUUCAUUGUGCCUAGAACCACCAAAAGAUCCUGUAGUGUUGCCUUGUGAUGAUGUGAACUGUCAAAAUUGCAUUUUGAAUUGGUUACAAUUACAUUCAAUUCCUCAAUGUCCCAAGUGUAAAAAAGUUAUUCCAGAAGACUAUGAACUAUUGCCUACUAGAGAGUCAAGAGAAGCUGUUGAACGACACGGCAAAUUCCGCCAGCGGUGCAACUUGUUUUUCAUUGAGGUUUUAUCACGAUAUUGUUUCUCUGGAAAUUCUCCACCUGAUGAUACAGUUAUUAAAGAACUGAUCCGACUAAUCACAGUUAAUAAGAAUGAAAACCUACAAACUCGGAAUAUGACUGUAUUUGAUGUAGACUAUGUAGAUCCAACACCUGUCAUUCGAUCUUAUUUGUUGAAAUUGCUAUUGCCAUACAGAAACUCGUUGGAACAUCACUUGAAUGAUUUUCUCCAGGAAUCGUACAAAAUAAUUGGUCAGGAUGAAGAACUGAACAUACUGGUCCUUGACUCACUGGAGGAUUAUAUUUCCACCUUUCCUCUUCAUUCAUCUGAGAUGGAAGCAAAGGCUCUACAAAUAGCUGUCUCUUUACUGCAAAAAUUCAGUUCAUACAAUGAAUGUCAGGAACUAAACUUAUCUUUCUUAGAAGCUGUUGCAUCCAUCCGUUUUUCUCUACGAGUGUAUGCUUUUGUUCUAUAUAAAAACUAUAACUCAAAAUCUAAGAAGACACAAAAUGUAGAACACUUGGAUCAAAACCUAUUUUCUAUUCUGGAACUCUUGGUGAAAGAAUUAGUAGAGGUCCACCAUAAUAAGACCACUAAUUUUAUUCAGCAGUUCCUUAUCCAGAUUUUGUCUCUGGAUUACAAUCUUGACUUUGUGUACAAGUUGAAAAAGAACCACAAAUUACAAUGGAUUGUACCAGUUAUGCUUCAGCAGGAGGAAGAUUCAAGACCUGAUUAUUUUGUUGUUCUUGGAGAUGAAUAUGUACAUUUGCGAAAAACAAUGUCAGAAGCUCUUAUUAAAAAGGACUUUAAUGGUGUUAAGGACUUACUUCAGAGUGGUGCAUACAGUAAUGAACAAGGAAAGGUUAUUGUCUUUGCUGCUCUGCUAACUGAAGUCACUUCACAAAAAAGCCUGGAUCUUGAAUUUAAUGAAGCAUUAAAAAGUAUCCUAAACACCUUAGAAUGGCCUCAGCACUUGAAAAAUAUGGCAGAAUUACUUAGCCAUCCAGAAAUGGUUCAACUAAACCCUUACAUGCAACAAGGAGAAGACAGAAUUUUGUCAACCUUAGUAUAUCAUUGGAUCUUUAUUCUGUUAUGCAAGUCACAUUUGAACAAUCUCUUGAGACCAUUUACACAUAUGACAAGUUCUCCAGCUAUGACAGCUAAUAUGUUCUAUCCAACUAUGGAAGAAGAUUUUAGAAUAGAAGCUCAAGCAUUAUUUAAAGAAACCACAUGGUAUGAAUGUGUUAAUGGUCAUCCAUACACUGUUGCAAAUUGUGGAGCACCAAUGAUAAAAUCAAAAUGUUCAGAAUGUGGAUCUGAUAUAGGUGGAACUAAUCAUAAUUCUGUGCAAGGUGUAACAGAAAUGAAAAUGUAUGAUCCAUCAAAGCAAGGACAUAUACUGGGAGAUUCUGACUCAUGUCCUGCUGCUCCUGUUGCUGUGAGAAAACUAGGUACUCUGCAUCUCACUAUUGUGAGAUUUUGCAUGCAUGCAAGUAUGUUAUAUGGUGGAAUGCAUGCACCACAGGAAUUUCGAGGAGUGAUAAAGCCACCAGUACAAGAUGUUGUACCAUUCAUAUGGAAGCAUUUGGAACUGAAUUUCCAACAGCUUCAGAGAGCUUUAAACCAAAGCGUAGAAGACACUGCUGUCUCUAUUCACCUAUUCUUUGAUGCCAUUGGUAACAAAAGGUGUACAGUUCAGUAUAAUGACAAACUGGCUACUAAGGCAGAUCGAGCAUUAUGGGAAGAAGCAUUUGCUGAUGUUAUACUUCCAAAUGUUUUUCAGUAUUGUAACACAUACCAUAAAGAUUCUAAGCAGAGGUUACUCACUGAUGAAAGGGUCAGCACUAACCAUCUUUUUCAAAUAAUAUACAAAGCCCAAAAUGUGAUUCCCAUUUUUCACAGCCUUGUCAAAUUCCUGCUUUGUGGCACUAUCGCAAGCAGAUUACUGAAGACGAACUUCGUUCCCAGCUUGAACAACAGCAAAGGAUAGAUUUAUUGCUUUUAUCUUUAUUCUUUCAACAGGUUAGUCAACUGCAGCUAGUGCAGUAUCUUCCUGAUCUUGUGCUUCUUCAGUCUCUGUUGGUUCAGAAGUUUCAGCGAUGCCUUGACGUCACUUAUGCUCAUAACAUAAGCAUAAAAGAAUUUCUUAAUAAUAUGAAAGAAAAGAAAGACCCAAUGUUUCAUCAAUUCCAACAGUUGGUCAAGGUUGCUGUGAAUACCUGGAACUCUGCACGUUCAUAUAUUUCAAAUUAUGCACCCAAGUAUCUCCCCUUAAGUUGUUUCCAUCACAUUUAAUAUCACCACAACCUGCGGCCAUUAAGCAGAUGAUUCUAUUACAUUGCCAGUACGUUACAGAAGUAGGACAGGAAACAAAGCCUGAAUUUGACUUUCCAGGACUUCAACGUUACCUUGUGGAUCAAUGGAUAAAAGGCCAACCCAUGAUCAAAAGAACAGAAAUUCCUCAUCUGUUGUUCUGAGAAGAAAAUAGUGUCAUACAAUCUUUUCAACAAUUGAGAAAGAAAAUACCACAAACAACUAUGCCAUCAACUCUUCAAAACAACAUAACUGAGGAACUUGGCCUUAAAUUGGCAGAUGUCUGUGACUUUCUAGAGCUUAUAGAUGUUGCAAUAAAAUUCCUUUCUGUUACUGGAGGUGAUACAGAAGGUUCUUUAGAAAAGUUCCUAUUUGAUGACCUGCAUUAUCAGUGCAGGGUUAGU